AUGGCGCAGAAGUCCCAGAACGCGAACGGCGCCGAUGAUCAGCCAAACCCUGCGUCAUCCUCGACCAAGGAUUCCUCAGACUCUGCUUCAUCCCACAACAAGACCACUUCUCAAUCCAACCAUUCACCCAUAGCCGCUCAAUCGGCAAGAGCAGCUAGCAACGACAACUUACCUGAUAAUGUCGCUGACUCGCAGCCGGUAACCAAGUCUACCUCGUCGGGGCCCAACCCGGCCUCGAAAGACACGAUGUCCGGACCAUCACCCUACGGCACGCGUUCACGCAAUCGCGGGCAGGCGCGGCCCAAUUACGCAGAAGACAAAGAUGUGGACAUGGACAUGUACGAUGGCUACCGCGACAAGAAAGAGGAAGAGCCAAAGAAAACAUCCCGGCAAGCUGUCAGUGCAGCAAAUGGAGCUUCUGAUGCGCCUCGAGCCGGUGGUCCAGCUUCGCGCAAGGCCACCUCGACAGACGACAGCAAGACCGGCCAGCCCCACGCUGUUACCAAAGACCAGCAAUUGGGCACAACCGGCGCCUCGAGUGCAGCGGCAUCAUCCACCAACACCACCACCACCACCACAACAACAACAACAACAACAGCAGCAGCAGCAACAACGUCGUCUGCCACAUCAAAGAAACGCAAAGCUGCCACUCACGCAACUGCGAAUGGUACUACUUCUCACUCGACUCCUGUGGCAACGCAGAGCCCUGCUGUUGGCGCAAGCACCAGACGCAGCGCUGCCAACCCGGCAGCUGCUGUGAACAUUGGUGCUGGCUUCAGGGAAACGAACAUGCUCAGUUUCGAUGUCUCGGGCGCAAAACCCAAGGAUGGGAAAAUGGUUGCAGAUGAUGGCACUGUACUCGGAAAAAAUGAUCAUGUGUAUCUUGUAUGUGAGCCACCUGGCGAACCCUACUAUUUGGGGCGCAUCAUGGAAUUUCUCCACGUGCAAAAUGACAGCACCAAAGCGGUGGAUGCAUUGCGAAUCAAUUGGUACUACAGGCCCAAGGACAUUGGUAAAAAGGUCAACGACACGCGACUCGUUUUUGCCACGAUGCAUUCCGACAUAAGCCCUUUGACCGCAUUGCGCGGCAAAUGCGAGAUCCGCCAUAAAGCCGAGAUCCAGAGCAUGGACGAGUACCGAAAGACGCCCGACUGCUUCUGGUUUGAAAAACUGUACGACCGCUACAUCCAGAAAAACUACGAUGUAAUCCCCUGUGCGCAGAUUGUAAAUGUGCCUGAAAAGGUUAAGAAGGUGCUUGACGAGCGAUGGAAGUAUAUCCUGGUGGAACAAGGCCGAUCCAAGGAAUUCACCAGUGCUGUCAAACUAUGCAAAAGAUGCGGCGGAUACUGUGCAAAGCCGCCUCUACUGAAGAAGCCGUCACGUGGUUUUGCUUGGGCUUGUGCUGCAUGCAGUCGCGCACAAGAGAGAAAGUUAGAGGCGCGACACACUCCCAACUUACUUGAUCCCCACCCAGACGGCGAUGAGGAAGAAUACUGGGAUGAGGAAGAGGACGACCACGCGGCCGAUACAAAUCGGACCAGCCCUGCCGACGGUAUAGAUGACACACACCAGCCCGCCACGGCAGAACAAAUGUACCAUGCAAGCUUAUGGCCUUAUCGAUAUCUCGGGAUCCACUGCAAGCCCGAAGAUGCGCUCGACUAUGACGAUCGAAUAUACCCCCGAGCUGGUUCUCGCCUGGGACCAAAGCACCAAGCAGUCGUCUUGCCAUGGCCUGGUCGCAAACUUAAACUAGUCAAGCCGCUGGAGAUCAAGAAAAGCAGCCGGAAGGAUGGCAAACCGUCCAAGGAGACCCUUGCUGCCAUUGAAGCCGACAAAAUUGCUCGAGAAAAACGGCCAAAAUGGAUUCAGGAUGAGCCCCCUGGUUAUGUCGCCCGUGGGGAGGACUUUGACAACGAUGACCCCAACAAUACGGCGCAGCUACUGUGGAAGCCUGCUGAAGCAGUCGGUGCAGCCAUUUCGCCCACGGAGAUUGACAAGUACCUCGAUAAGGCUAUGAAGUUGGUCCCAUCGCUGGGUAUUCCCGAGCGCUCGACGAAUCUGAUGGAUGUGGCCCGCGACACGUUGUACCGCAAUAAUUUUGACACUGCGAAGUCCUUGAAGGCAAUUCCGAAGACCGAAAAAACCGAAUUCAAAGAACCAGAGCUGAGUGCCGCCGAACUUAAGAAGUUUGAAGAAGGGGUAGCGAAAUUCGGAUCGGAGCUGUAUCAGGUCACCAGACAUGUCAAAACGGCACGACACAAAACCAUUGUGCGCUUUUACUACACGUGGAAGAAAACAGAGCGCGGGAGGCAGAUUUGGGGCAACUAUACCGGAAGAAAAGGCAAGAAGGAAGCAAAGAAAGCCGAAGCCAACGCAAACAAGCUUCAGGACGAUGUCGCCGACGCACAUGACGACUCUGCAUUCGACACUGGAAAGGCUGUCGAGCGUAAAAGGAAUUUUAUGUGCAAAUUCUGCUCAACGAAAUCGUCGAGGCAAUGGCGGAGGGCGCCCAACGUCUCCUCCGCCUUGGUUACUGAGGGCGUUGUGGCGGCGUUAUGCCAUCCAGUGGGAAGACAUGGAGGAGCUUGCGAAGAAGGUCGCGGCUGCUGGUGGCAGGGCUUGGAAGCGAAGAGUGGACGAAGAACUACUCAAAGAGCUGACUGCCGCCAACGAGAUGAUGAGUCAAACAGUCUACAACUCCCCCGCUCCCUCAGCGACGCCGGGAGCUUCUGCUGUUGCACCGCCACUCGCCAGUCCCGUGGAUCCCCUAGGAAGAAACUGAAGACCAUGACUGAGAAAGAUGCCGAGCCCAAUGCUUCGGAUUCUGGAAGCAUGUCCGGGGUCAUUGUGUCAAAGAAGAAGGAAAGGGUCGUGGAGAAGCCAGCUCCACCUCCUGCGCCCGAAGUACCAAAGCCACGAGUGUUGCCCUGCGCCAUCUGUAACCAGAUGAACCCCACCGGGGAGCAGCACCUCCUGUCUUGCAAAGAAUGUCGACUCAGCGUGCACCGUAAAUGCUACGGCGUACUUGACAACCGACAUCCUGGGAAGUGGACUUGCGAUAUGUGUCUCAAUGAUAAAGGCCCGCAAGUCUCGCUGGAUUACAAAUGUGUCUUGUGCCCUGUCGAAUACACGGAGCAUGACUUUGUUGAACCACCAAAGAACACGCACAAGAAAAAAACCGAGAAAGAACGAGAGAAGGAGCGGCUAGAGCGAGAAAAUGCGCAAAAGGCCGCCGACUACUAUCGCAAGAAGCAAGAAGAGAUGAACCGACCGCUCAACCCUCGGGAACCUCUGAAGCGGACGAUUGACAACAACUGGGUUCACGUCAGUUGCGCAGUAUGGACACCUGAGGUCAAAUUCAGCAAUGCUAAAGCCUUGAGCCCGUCGGAGGGUAUACCAUCCAUACCCCGGGCCAGGUAUGACGAGGUGUGCAAGGCCUGCAAGGAACGAGGCGGUGCAUGUGUCGCUUGUCAUCAGUGCAAAGUUCCAGUUCACGUCGAGUGCGCCCAUCAGCUUGGCUACCUGUUGGGUUUCGAAGUGACGCCAGUUAAGGGCUCACGGCGUGAUCAAUUCAACAUUGUAACUAUUAAUGGGGAGACUGGGGCGAUGUCAGCCGCCAUUUGGUGCAAGGAGCACGUGCCAACCAGAACGGUAGUUCACCGGAUGCAUGACGUGGUUAAUCAGGGGGAGAACCAAAACAAGGACCCCACGGCUCUCAAUGCGCUGCAGCUAUACGUGCAGAACUUCAAGCAGGCAGAUUUGACCCUGACGGGUACGGUGAGGAAGGCUAACCUGAUUGCAAUGGCAACCAAGACUCCAUCGACAGCACCACCGCCCACAGCAAAUCGGCGUGCAUCUACGACAACAGCUUCUACAAGUGCGCCUGUUGCCCAUAGGGCGUCUUCGGUCGAUGGUCAUUCGGAGACGGCAUCCGUCAUUCCCCCGAGUGGGGACAAAGUGUGCAUCACUUGUGGUGUCGAUGUCAGCCCAAAGUGGUGGCCCAUUGACAAGAGCCAGGAGAAAGUCCUUACUAAUGGUCAUUUCGGCAGCUUGGGAAGCGAGGCUCAGAAGUUUGUGGCGCAGAGAAACUUCCAAUGUCAUAAAUGCAAGAAAGCAGGCCGCGUGCCCACAGCGCAUGCACCACCUCCACCUUUGCCAGACAUCGCGCCUACGAUGGAGCAAGCCAGGGCACCACCAGCUAUUGCAGCCGCUCUGACAAGUCCGCCACCAGCCAUAUCAGAGCCUAGAGCUUCCAUACAAUCGCAAUAUCCCUGGGCAACCCCCGUGCAAGCAGCAGCAGCGCCGCCGCCGCCGCCUCCAGUAGCCGCACCUCAGUUACAGGCACCCUCGACUGGUCCAGCUCCAACGUUGUCCCUGAAUGCUUCUCACCCAGGACCGAGUCCUAUGGCCGCUCCGGUCCCUCAGCCCCCAACCCCCCAUCAUUACCCCCCACCAAGCACUCCAUACAGUGACUGGCACCGCACCACCUCUCAACAUCCACCUCCGAUGCACCAGAUGAACGGCGGCCCGCCGGGUCCGAAUCCCCUCCACAAUCAAUUGCGGGAUCUUCGCCCACCCCGAUUGCGCCGAUCACCCAUCACCAAGCGCCUUCGCUGCCGCAUGGUCCCAUGGGCCAAGCCAUAG